CCUCCCGAACUCAGCACUCGCACCAGCGCGCUGAAGCCGCGGCUGCUGCCAAGCUUGGGUAACCCCCAGCCUGAGCCACGAGAGGAAGAGCCCAAGGAAAGGGCGCGAAGGGGGAAGGAGGGUAGGGUAGAAGGAGGGCGGGGGAGAGACCCAUCGCCUCAUCUUCCAUUUCCCCUCCCAAGCUCAUUUAGUGGGAACCUUUGCUGGGCUCCUGCGCGCCUCCCUCCCCACCCCCUCAACUCUGGGCGACCAUCUCCCCCUCUCCCCUUGCUCACCCCCCACCCUUCCUGCUCUUCCGUCCCUCCCUACCGCGUGCCUCCUCCCCUCCCCCUCGCUUCCCUCCCCUCCAGCGGCCGUAGCUGUAGCAGCUUCAGCGAAGCCGGAGAUGGGCAGAGAGCGCGCGCGGCGCAGCAGCUCCAGAUUCACUGCUCUCCCCUGCAGCUCCCCGCGCCCCCGCCGCUGUCGCUGCCUCGGUGUCCCCCAGCCCCAGUCGCGCUCUUAGGACAGCGCCGCCACCGCCGCCUGGCCCUGCCUGCCUCCUGCGCCGCGCAGCCCUCGCGAGCGCCCCGGAAGGCGCUUUACCCCUAGGACCGGUGAGUAGGCGGGAGAGUGCAGGGGGUCGGGCGUCAAAGCUUGGCGCGGAGAGAACAUCUUUUGGUUUGGGAGGCACCCCAAACCAGCUGCCGUGAUUCCCCGUCCUCCAGGCAGAGGGUCCAGGGAGGGUGUUGCUCUGUGGUCCCCAAGGGGAUGUUUGAUUUCAACUCCACCUGCUGGCAACCUGAACCCCUCUCCGUCUUGGGGACAGCUGCCUGCAGCUCGCAGUCCCGCCUCACCUUCCAGCCCCCAGGCUCCCACACUAGCAGCAGUAGAUGGCCCCGACCCUCUGGUCACCCAAACAGGGUCAUCUCUACUGUUACCGUUCCUGCGUUCCCACCUUAUGCCAGUGCACAAACGCCCCUAUCUGCCACCCUUCACCCGAUCUCGCGCUGACAAAGCCUUCUCCACAAAGUCCUCCCUGACCCACCUUCUCUCCUUUCCCAAAGCCUGGCUCUCGAGCCCGACUGUCCCGUCCUAUUCCUUCCCAGGGUGAAUGGUCCUUAGUGAAUUCUGACCUCAUUCCUUCGACACAAUGGUGCCUGUCCAGAUUUUCUGACAGUCACCUCAGGAAAUUGACACAGACACGCUGUGAUCCUGGUUUCUGUACAGUUACUUUGUGUGUUACUCAGCACCUGGGCUGUUAAGGGUAUUAUCAAGCGUGAAAAAAUAAAGACAAAAAACAAACCCUUUGGAACCAAACUUUUUGUUAUUGUUGUUUUAAAGCGCAGAACUAUUUGCAUUGCUUAGGUUUGUUCUGUUCAUUGAGAGGCGUCUUAGCUGAGUACAGGAAAUACACCUAUUUUACCUGUUCCUGCGGAAUUGGUCUUACUUCCAGGUUAAGAACGGAGGACUUGCCUAGGUGGUGAAUCUCUUUCAGCAACAACACUAUCAAAAGCUCAGCAACUCUUGAGGAUAAGAAGCUUUUUCUUGAAGGAGAUGAGAGUAGCACCAAACUUACCCUUUAAAAUCUUCUUUGAAAUUGCAAUAAGCCAAAGCUCUUAUUUUUCUUUAGGUGUAGUGGCUAAAAGAGGGAUAAAGGAGGAUUAGAAAACAUUGUACCAAGAAGCUCCUGCACUAUUUGGGUGCUUCCAGAGUUGUGUAGUAUCUUAGCACCAGACGGUAUUGCUGUAGAAGUUUUCUUAGGACAGUAGUCGUUUCUUCUGAAACCAUGUUUACCGUUUUAUUAUUUCUAGUUGGAGUGCAAGAAAAUAAAGAGUUGUGUUCGAUGAAUGAAUAUGAGCAAGGGGGAUGGAGUGAACAUCGGGAGGGGUCAUUUAAAUAAUAAAAUUUGUGCUCUCAAUUUCUCAUGUAUUGAAAUCUUAAAAACAAAACUACCCCACGCAAUUUAUGGUUUAAUACUUUAGAGAAAUGAUGAAAAGGCAUUCAUUUCAACAUGGCAUUGUACUCCAUGGAACCCUUGGUCAUAGAACUUGUGUUCUAAGCAAUACGGAUAAGAAUAUCCAGAAAUAAAUGUUAAGAACUUUAAAAAGGUGCCCCAUUGAGGCAUGCAGUGUGUCAAUAUAAAUUUCCUGGCAUUAUUAUCACUAUAAUUUGAGGGGAAUAUAAAUUAAAGUGCCAUUCUUGCUCUUGCAGUUGGUGGAGAGAGAUGUAUGCUUCAUCACCUCAAAGGAGCAAGUCUCAGGCUACAUAAGAAAUAGGAAGGGAAAGUUGAGCCAUCAUCUAGGGAAUUUGUUAGUGAAUAUUGCCUUAAUACCUUCUCCAAUGUCAGGAAUUUUUGUUGGUUUGUUUUCAUUCGAACUGUAUCUGAGAUUUUAUUUCCCUUUUGUGUAGACAUAGGCAGAAAUGCACUGAGCAAGUCCACUGACAAGGGGUGGUUUUAAGUAAGUGUGGAUAGCCGCAUUAAAAGUCAAGAGGGGCUGUGAAUAAUGAGUUUAUUGUUGGUUUUCUAAAUUGGAAAAUUUUAGUUGGUUAUAUUUAGGGCUUGACUGAGAACAUUCAAAGCUGUACAUUUGGGUAACAUUAGGGUGACUACUAUGCACAGUAUGUCCAACAGUAAUUAAUCUGUAUCAGAAUCAAUACAUCCCAAAUUGAAAGCAAGGAGUAAUACUUUGAUCAGUUA